AUUUCAAGAAUCAUCCUGAAUUUAUCCAUCCCAAUCAUUCCUACAUACACGCUUUAUUUUUAUUAAUAAAUGUCAAAAAAAAUAUUCAAAAGAUUACGAUUUGACAAGUAACAAGCGUGCAAUUUGACUAUAUCAUACAAGAUUUUUCGCAUCCUUUUUAAUGUUGACAUGAAAUAACUAGUUAAAAUGUUGUAUCAUAAAAAAAAAAAAAAAACAAAAAACCAAUUGUAUUAGUAGUACAAAUCGAUCUCAAUCCUAGUUUUUUUUUUCUUUUAAUAUCUCUGGCUAAUGGCUAGGUCUCAAGGGAAAAACCACGGAGGAGUUACAAGAGGAUUCGUGAAUGCAUGGAUUCGAGCGGGUUAAGAAUUUCAAGAGAGAGGAAGGGCAUUUUGGUACUUUGACGUCCAAGGCCCGACGACACCCUCUCUUCUCCGCCUUUUACGGGGAAAGAACAAGAAAAAUAAUUGCUUAAUUUUAAUAGUACUAACAUUAAGUUACCUCAUUAUAAAAAUUAUAAAAGGAAAACAUAAAAAUUUCACGUAUUGAAUAAAAAAAAGGAAAAAAAAAAAGAAAAACAAAAAGGUCAAACAGUAACUUUUCUUUACAUCUAUAUAACUCCAUUGCAGCCCAACUCACAUCUUCCCCCUUUCCCUCUCUCUUUUUCUUUCCUUUUGCUUAGCAUUUCUUCACCAAAUAGAUCUUCUUCCCUUCCUUUUCCUCUAACCACCUCUCUUCUAUAAAAAUAAUGCAAUCAUUUUGAUCCCACAAUUCAUUCAUUUCCACUCAAAUUUCACCCUCUUUUCUUUUGGAAAUUUGAAGAAGCCAAAGUUAAAAUAUCAAACUGGGACUUUUGUGUUUUUAAAUUGCUCAAUUCUUGAUCUGGAUUUUUCACAUUGAAACUAAUAAUUUUCUACAAUGGAGAACCAGUUUUUCAUUAAUGCAGGAAUCCCACCACCCACACCGCCAUUGCACUUUGGACCGUCUUUAUCUUCGCCAAUGUCAGCUUGGCAGUCCCUAUCUUCUGCCAUGGAAAUUCAGGCAACAGAGCUGAGUUAUUCCCCUGAUCAGUCCCACGAUUGUUUCUUGACUCCCAACUGGGAAAAGUCAACAGAUUAUGGUCUACAGUUUGACUCAGCCCUGAGUUCAAUGGUGUCCUCUCCCGCAGCAUCAAAUUCCAAUAUCUCAAAUGAGUGCUUUAUGAUCAGGGAAUUGAUAGGCAAAUUGGGAAGCAUUGGUAAUUCUAGUGAGAUCUCCCCACAUUCUCAACCCUUGUUGGCGGCUUACAUCAAUGUAAACAAAAGUGCAAACACUUCUUGCUAUAGCACUCCAUUGAAUUCCCCUCCUAAAUUGAACUUGCCAAUGAUGGAUAGUUUGGUUAAAGAGAAGCUUCCCAGUCUGGGAAAAUCAAUGGGGUUGAAUUCCAGUGUGGCAGAAUUCUCAGCUGAUCGUGGAUUUGCAGAGAGAGCAGCAAGAUUCUCUUGCUUUGGAAGCAGGAGUUUCAAUGGUCGAGCAAGUCAAUUAGGACUCAACAACAAUGAAGUUGCUGAUUACAGAUAUAAUCCAUUGACAGCAAAUGCCAAGCUUCCGCGUGUUUCGAGUAGUCCUUCUCUAAAGCCAAUGGUAUCUCAGGUUGGAGCUGUUCAAGCGACCAACAAGAAUUCUCCAUUGCAGGAUCGAUCAGAGUUAGCCAGUUCUCAAGAGGAAUCCACCAUUUCCGAACAAAAUCCAAAUUGUGAUCCUGGUUUGAAAGCUUCAGAAGAUUUGAAUUCAAGGAAGAGAAAGGCGGUUCCCAAAGCAAAAACAAAGGAAACUUCAGCAUCUCCAUCAGCGAAUGCUUUAAAGGCGUUUGAACCGAACUUAGAAUCAAAUGAGAAGAGAUGCAAGUCAACAGAAAGCAAUGGGCAUGAAAAUGGCUCUGUUAAAGCAGAGGAAGAUGCAAAAGGAAUCAAUGGAAAUGCAGGGGAAGAGAAACAGAACAAGACUAAAAACAAUAACAAUACAAAGCCCCCUGAACCUCCAAAGGACUAUAUUCAUGUUAGAGCAAGAAGGGGUCAAGCCACUGACAGCCAUAGUUUAGCUGAAAGAGUCCGUAGAGAGAAAAUAAGUGAGAGAAUGAAGCUUCUGCAAAAUCUUGUUCCCGGUUGCAACAAGGUCACUGGAAAAGCCCUAAUGCUGGAUGAAAUCAUAAACUAUGUUCAAUCAUUGCAGAGACAAGUUGAGUUCCUCUCAAUGAAGUUAGCUUCAGUGAAUACCAGGCUGGAUUUUAACGUGGAUGGUUUAAUGUCAAAGGAUAUAUUUCAAUCAAACAACACUUUGCCACAUCCAAUAUUCCCAAUAAAUUCCUCGGCAUCAGCCUUUUCUGGGCACCAGCCCCAGCAAAAUCCAGCACUACAUAGCAAUAUUUAUAAUGGGACAAUGACACAACGCUCAGUGGACCCAUUAGUUACUGCAAUAUGCCCCAACCAUAACACCCAUGUACCUCCAAUUAACCAGUUUACUGAAACUGUCCCUCAGUGCCCAACAUUAUGUGAGGAUGACCUGCAAACCAUAGUUCAGAUGGGGUUUGGCAAAACUCAGGGCCAGGAAAUGGGAUUACAGUCAGAAAACUUCCAGGGGUCAAAUCAAGUAUCCCACAUGAAAGUUGAGCUCUAAUAACCAUUCUUUGCACCUGGAUUAAAGGUCAAAAAGGAAAGAACGGCUGCUGUAUAUACAAGGAAUUUAAUAUGGACCGUUGCAUGAACUACUAGUAGUGGCCAAUUAUGCUUAGGUUUAAAGAGGAGGAUUCUUUCCCCUUUUCACCCUUUAAAUUCUUGUCUUAUUUUUGGGCUUUCUCAAUGAUUUUGUCUUCUUCUAAUUCUUUUUUGUGGAGUUUUUUCUUACCAAAUUAUCCACUGUAAAAUUUGUGUAUGGUUGGUGCAAUGAUCUUAUAACAAAAGCACCAAUAUUUGUAAGAUAUAAUUAUUAAUUAAUGCUAAUUAUUAGAUGGGAAGAGUUUUUUUUUUUUUUUUUUGGUUUUUAUUUUCUAAGCAGCUUGCAUUUUCUACACAAUUGGACAUUCUACUUUAAUAAUUUGAGACACAAUCUUAAUUGAACAAGAUUUCCCAAAUUCUCUUGAAACUUUUGUACGGGGGUCACGAUCACAUCAAUUUUGAACCUGCUAGAUCGCGUAAUCUGGUGGAUUUGAUCCUUAUUAGUGUUAACCAGCUGUAUUUGUUGGGGGGCAACUUUCUGCUCUCUCUCAAAAAGUCCAAUUGGAGUGAUUAAGACAUUGGAGAUCUUUGAGCUGAGCUGGGUUCAACCCAUGAUUCUUGGCAAUUUCAAGGAGGGGAGGGUU